AUGCAGCUUCAACUACAAAAACAAGCAAUUACACAACAACAAUCACAAUUAUUAAUUCAUGAAUUAAUAAGUGUUUCAAUAAAUUGUAUAACAUUUUUAAGAAAUAUAUUUAAUGAUAAUAAUUACAUUGAUACAAAAUAUUAUGGUGAUAAAGACUCACAGACUAAUUAUAUAAGAACUAAAAAAUUAAUAUUUGGAGUUAGUGAAUUAGGUGAUAAAAUGAUAAAAUAUAUUGAUGAAGGUAUAAAAGAUGCUAUAUUAAAAGAAUAUUUAAAAGCUAUACAAUUUUCAAUUCAAACUUUUAAAGGUGAAUCAAGUAAUGUUGUUGAAAGUUAUGUUUUUGGAAUUGAUUAUAAAAAUAAACAAAUUAAUUUAUCUAAUAAUAAUUCUUCAAAAUUUACAACAACUUUUACUGAAGAUGAUGAUUUAGAUUAUAAUACAAUAUUAAGUAAAAUUCAAAAUUUAAUUAGAAAAUUAAUUUUAUUAACUCAAUCUUUUAAUAAUUUACCAAAAAAGAAAGAAAUAUCAAUUAGAUUAUUAUUUAAUGAUUCUUGUCCAAAAGAUUAUCAACCUCCUUAUUUUCAAGAUGCUUCAGAUUUACCACCAAAUUUAAUUAAAAUUGAUGAUGAAGAAGAAGAUGAAAAUGAAAAUAUAAAUGAUUUAGGUUCAGUCAAAACAGGUAAACAUGAUAUUAAUCUAAGAGUAUUUGUUGAAAGUAAAAAAUCAAAUGAAAUAAAUCAAAAAACUAUUGAUCCAUUUACUUUAUUUAUUAAUGAUGAUGAAUACGAUUUUGAUGUUAAUCAAUUAGAACCAUUAGAUGAUAUACCUCCAUCUUCAUUAAGAUUAGAUAGUUAUAUGAAUUCAAAUAAUGAUCAAGAAACAGGAUUAACUCAAAAAUUAACUAAUAUAACUACUAAUUCAACUACCAGUAAUUCAUUAAAUUGUAAAAAAUGUUUAAAAGAAUUAAAUUAUAUUGAAUAUGGAUAUGAUGAACCGACUAAUAGAUCAAUUUUAUGUUUUAAUUGUUUAAUUCCUGAAAAUAAUAUAUAUUUAAAAAUAUUAAUGAAAAUUAGAUUAUUUUGGGAUUAUUUCUUAAAAAAUGAAAUUCAAAUUGAUGAUGAAUUGAUGAAAUUUUUUAAAUUGGAUUUGGUUCAUGAUUUGGAAAUUAUUAAAGGAAUUUUUAAUUGGUUUUUUAAAAAUCUGAUAUUAAUUACAACAAAUGAAACUCAUAUUAAAAUUAAUUCAUCAAGUUAUGUUAAAGGUUGUGGUACAAUAGUCCCAAUGAUUGAAGGUUUGAAAAAUCAAAUUGGCAAUGAAUUAAAAAAAGGUAAUUUAUAUAACAUUUCAUUUAUUCCAAUUUUAAAAUUAGAAUAUCCUUUUUAUUCUUAUGAUUCAAAUAUUGAUAAAUUAAUUUAUCCAAAUUAUAAAGUUUUAAAACCUAAUUUUGUUAGAAAUCAAAUUAAUAAAAUCAAAUCAUCAUUAGAAGAAUUUAAUGAAUUUAGUCAAUCAAAUACUAUUAUUCCUGAUUCUCAACCAUUAUCUGGUAUUUUAUCUUCAAAAUUUCAAAAUAAAAGAAUUAAACCAAUUAUUGAAGUAUCUGAACCUAGUGAUAAUGAUGAAGAUAACAAUGAAGAAGAUAAUGAAGAAGAUGAAGAUGAAAAUGAUAUAACUAAAAAUGAAAAUGAACCAUUUAGUUUACCAUAUGAUGGAACUUCAUUUGCUGAUUCAAUUGAUUAUUUAUCUCAAGGUACAUCAAAAUUAAGUAAUGAUACUCCCAAAAAAAGAAUAAAUGAAAAUAUAAUUGAUAAAAGGGAAUCAAUUAAAAGAAGAAAAAUUAGUGUAAAUGUAUAA